AUGCCAACACCCCUCCAACCACCCGACCAACCCCUCGCCCUCCGACGCACUCACCUCCUCGCCCCAGCCCCCGAUCGUCUCACCAACACACCCACAACACUAACAAUAACCCGCAACAACACCCUCUCCGGCCGCGCCUUCAGCGUACACCACCUACGCACCCACGAACCCUACGACAGCCCCACUCGCCGCUCCCUCCUCUACACGGUAUCCGGCAGAUUCUGGAGCGGCACCCAAGCACGCGAAAUCCGCGAUGCAGCAGGACGACCCCUCCUCGAGCUGCGGCGCAUGUGGUGGCAGCGCGCGUGGAGCGUGAAACGCGCCGGCGGCGGCGGCGACGAACUCAUGGGCGCGGAGAUGCGGUGGGGCGCGGGGGUGAAGAUGAAAAUGGCCGUUCGAGUGCGUAAUGCGCUACUCGUCGGUGCUCGGCGGAGAAGCGAGGUCGAAGAGGACGAGUUCCGGAGCGAAUAUUACCCCUACGCUAUGCAUAGCAGUGCCGCGGGCCGUCGUGGGAGACGUCAGCAACAGCAGUACAGACGAUACGCUUCUCCUCCCCCGCCGUACAGCGCAAUCGCCAGUUCCAGCGCUGCCAGUGGCAAUGCUGCACAAGCACCGGGACAAGCAUCGGGAUCAGGAGCAGGUGCUGUCCCUGCUCUUCGUCGCCGCCAUUCAACAGACACCGUCAGUUCAAAAUCUACACACCUCCCCUCCUACGCCUCCGCGCACCGCCGCUCAACGCAUUCCCUCCGUGAACUCCUCGAUGCAGUCGAGCCACCGGCUGAACCAGCGCCGGCAUCGAGUUAUGCGUAUGCGUUCCCGCCGGCGCGUCGCUACUCGGAGGCUGUGGUGGAGGAGAGGGAGGAGUUGAGGGUUGUGCAGAUGAGUAAUACCGUUGCGGCGGUGAUGAUGGGGGAGAAGAAGAUUGUUUCUAUUCGGAGGGAGAAGGUUAUGAUGGAUUUUCAGUUGAGUGGGCCGAUGGAUCGGUGGGAGGUUGGUGUUGCGGAGGGGGUGGAUUUGUUGCUUGCGGUUAGUAUCGUGUUGAUCAUGGCCGAGUUUGUGAGACAUGAGUAUCGGGUGCGAAUCAAUUGA